AUGGCAGAAGAGCUCUUUGACAACGAUUUUGGCACUGCCAUGACCAAGUCAAUCAAGCAGGUCAACAUGGACCUUGCAAUGCUUGCAUCCUUGACCGCUGUGCAAGGACGAAUUGUGUCAAGACCAAGGGCUCAAGACCAAAUCAGAGCAUUUGUACAGUGGGUUCGCGAUGAAAUUCGGAUGGGCAGGAACCCUGCACAACACCCUUUCCCAGCUGGAGAUACAUCUACUCUGCUGCAGCGAUUGAACUUCCAUCAAAAGUAUGAUGUCAAAGAUUCUAAAACUUUAAUUGACAAUACGGUUCCACCCAAGUGGAGCAAAGAACAACAAUGGAAGCAAUGGGUCAAGCUGCUCCGUGACCACCUCCGCGCAUAUAUCGGUGUCAAUGGCAUCCCUCUUGUUUAUGUGGUCCGCGAGAAUGCAGCUCAAGACCCAACACCACAAGACGAUUUUCUUGACGAAUACAUCAAUAUGGCUCUACUUGUUGGAACCGCCUUUAUUGUGGAUAACAAACAAGUGUUGGCUCUACUGAACAAAUUUAUCAUGGGUUGUUCUGAAGCUGAAAUGGUGAUACAAGCGCUCAAUACUACUACUGAUGGUAGAGCUGCUUUCUUCGCAUUGAAGGCAUUUUAUGAAGGUGAAGGCAUUUUCGCUCAUGAUGUCAUGGCAGCGGAAAACAUCAUUGCAACACUUUUCUAUGCAGGAGAAAAACGUCCAGCUAUGUACUGGCAGAAAUUUGAACAAAUAUUAAAUAAUGCCUAUGCAACCAUGCAUCACGAAUAUGGACGUGUAAUGUAUACUGAUGUUAUGAAGCUACGAUCCCUCCAACAAAGAAUCAAAGCUGACUUCCUGUCACAGACGAAAGCGGCAAUUGAAACUAACAUGGAUGCUAUUCCUAUGACUAUGACAUAUGAUCAUCGCAAUCGGAACAAAAAUAACCAAGACAAUGCUAGUACCAACGAAAAUACAAGAAAUAUAGCCGCACUGACUUCUCUGAUUGGAGAUUUGACCGGCCGUUUGACUGUACCAACCAAAAUCACACAAGAUACUGCUGCUACUCAAAUCUCCCAUGUCACUACUGGCACCAACAGGCGCUCCAUUAUUGGAGGACGUCUACAACAAGCCCAACAGCACCAAAAUGGAGGAAGUGGGAGUAAUAUCUGA